GCUCAGUUCCGGUCGUAAAACGAAACACUCCAGUCACACAGCGGGAUUCAGCCUCAAACUCAAUUGAGUCCGCGUGCUCGUUCGCUCAACAAGUGACUCUUCAAGUGGAAUCGCGAUAAUUGAGUGUGGGACGGGGCGUUUCGGUAGUGGAGAAUCGUUUAUCUGUUUCAGGGUCAGACAUGACCGAAGACUCGUCAGGUUUAAUCUUCCUUACCGAAAAUGGAAACCAGUCUUUCAACGAUACGCCAGUAGUUGUCUGUUGUUGCUGUGCGACAGCAGGUGACCAGUGUCCUACACAUGUCGCUCAAGUGUCAUUUUAUGUGGAUGUCCUUGAGCUAUACUACGUACCGAUACUCAUCCUCGUCGGAUUCGUAGGAAACCUUCUCACAUGCUUGGUACUAAUGACGACACACUUAAAGAUGAGGAGUUCCAGUUACUAUCUUUCAGCUCUGGCGGUAGCAGAUACAGGAUAUUUGCUAAGCCUGCUUGUCGAAUACUACAGCUCACACCACACAACAAAUCCAUAUCAUACUGAAGCGUCCUGUGAAAUGCGGAUCUAUUUUGCAUAUGUGUUCUCUUUCCUGAGCGUCUGGCUGACAGUGGCUUUCACCGUGGAACGGUUCAUAGCAGUCCAGUAUCCUUUGAAAAGGCCUUCAAUAUGUACCAUAUCCAGGGCAAAAAGCAUCACUGCUGCCCUAGUUGUCACAUCUGUGCUGCUCUAUCUCUACGUUUUUUGGGUGGUAGGGGUAGUCAACGGAACUUGUGAUCUCAAGCCCCUCGACACUAAUUUCUACGAAGUAAUCAACUACAUAGAUACUAUUGUCACACUAGUGAUACCAGUUAUCUUAAUCGUUGGUAUGAACAGCAUGAUAUCUAGGACUAUAUUCAGGUUCAGAAAAAUGGUGCAGACGAACACGCUGGAUCCAUGUGAUCGCGUUAGAUUGUGUGAUACGAGCUCGCAGAGCAGCAAUAAAUUCAAAGGCCAGGAAAGAGAAAGUGUUGAACUGAUGACACCAACGAAGAUCACAGUAUUUAAGAAUCACGUCAUGCAGACUUCAAAUUCUCAUAUACAUAUAAAAACGACCUCCAAAUAUGCAAUGUCAGUCAGAAUCCAGCAGAACAUCAACAAGAUGUUACUAGUUGUUAGUUAUACAUUCGUAUUACUGAAUUUGCCCAGUUACGUUAUCCGUCUCUUCUACUUCUUCGACGACAUCCUGGAUAGAACCGUGGACAAACAAAUGAAGCUCUACAUCAACUGCGCCCAAAAAAUCGCCAUGUUGUUGUACUACACGAACUUCAGCAUCAACUUUCUGCUGUACACGAUGUGCGGCGAAACGUUCAGGAUAUGUUUGAAGAAUACUCUUUGUAAUUUGUUCUAUAAGCUCAUAGGUGUUACUAGUCGUAUAUAGAUUUAAAUGUUUUCCUUCGUGACUGAAUAAAGGUAUGUGUCCCA